AUGGCCAGCCCUUGCUGCAAGGACACCUGCUGCAAGAAAGAACUAGUCGACGACAUCACGGGGUGGAUCAAGAUCUACAACGACGGCACAGUGGAGCGGCCCGCCCCUCCUCCGGAGGCACAACAAUUGGCAACUUCCAUCCCACCCUAUGACGUGCCAUGCAACGGAGUGACUGUGCAUGACAUCCCGGCUGACCCACCUCUCCGCCUGUACCUCCCGGCGGCGGCCCCUUUGAACGGUCGCCGCCUCCCCGUGCUACUCCACUUCCUCGCCGGUUCGUUCUGCAUCACCGACCCCUCUUGGGCGAUGUACCAUUCCUUCUACGCCCGUCUCGCCGCCUCAAUCCCCGUCGCCGGCAUCGUAUCCAUCACCCUCCCUCUCGCCCCGGAGAACCCGCUCCCGGCGGCCAUAGCUGCCGGCUAUGCCGCCAUUGAUUGGUUGAAGUCGCUUGCUCGACCUGUGCUGCCCAACGAGCCAGUCCUUGAGCCAACGUAUGACCCCGUAAACAGGCUCAGGGAUGUGGCCGACUUGUCAUGUGUGUUCCUCAUAGGUGACAGCAAUGGUGCUAAUCUGGCGCUCCAGGUGGCCGCCGGGUUCAGCUCGGCGGAGCCGGGGUACUGGUGCCCCGUUCGGCUCGCCGGAGCCAUCCUCCUCAACCCCGGGUUUACCCGUUCUGCUCCGAGCCGGUCUGAGUCGACCGACCCCAUGAACAGGUACAUGAACCGCGAGCUGGUGGGCAUCACCCUGUCUGCGUGCGUGCAUCUUCUUGCGAGGAGGAGAAUUUGUGAAUCGCGAGUGCUUGGAUUUCUUACCGUUCAACUGGAUUGGACUUGA